AUGGAACCUAAGAGGGAGAGAGGCCCCAUAAAAAUCUCACUCAACCUGAGCGCGAACAAGAGGGAUGAAAAAAGUGUAAGCGAAUGCAACACUGGGGGGGAUGGCAAUUCCCGGAUCAAGACCAAGUCGAAGGAAGUUUCACAGGCUUUAGACCUCAUCGAGGACAUCCGCAGUGGCACGUUCAACUACAAAGACCUGCAGGAAAUUUACUUCAUGAACGAUGUGGAGUUGGAAAAAAUGAUUAGUGAGACGAAGGGCGCCGAGGAAGGGAACAACGAGAGGGAGGCCCAUGUCGCGGGGCACAGUUCCUACGAGAGAGAGGACACUAUGUAUAGUGGCGGCGGCGCCCAUGAUGAGAGUCCCCCCCGUUCGAAGGAGUUCACCGAAGGGAAACUCCACAGCGGAGGAGCGGACCCACAUAGCCCCAUGCACAGCAAUGAAAGAAGCCUCACAAAUGAAAAUGACGAAGACAACGGAGCGAAUGGGAGAAAUGUAUUUGUGUUGAAUAACCAAGUGGGGAAAGUGUGCAUCAUCCGAUUCCCUCCUGAGGUGUCCAAAGAAAUAAAAAAAUAUCUUCUAAAAAAAAAUCUGCAGUUGGAAAUCCAACCAACCAGUUUGUUAAACUCAAGACUCUUCUUAAUACAUUUUAGGAACAUAAAUAAAAAAUUUUGGGGCAUUCUUCUCGAACUGUCAACCCAUAUAGAGGUACACAAGACGUUGGAUCGAAAUAACCUGUACAAGACGAAUGACGUUUCCCAGAUGAUUUAUGUGUAUGACCCAAAUGAAGAAAAAAAAAAAAAAAAAAAAAAAUGCAAAAAAAUGAUAAAAAAUUUUAUAAAAAAUAAUUUCCAAUUAAAUUGUGGUAUCAGCAAUAGAGUACAAAAUUUCCAUUUUGAAAAUUAUGCCAAGUUGUUUAAGUACCAUGACAUUUAUUUUGCGGAGAAGUUCCUUCAUGAUUAUUUGAACGCAAAGUAUUACGACUACUACGACAUGUAUGUGAAGACAUACACAGAGAUGCACACACAUCUGCGCCUCGGUCGAGAGAGCCACAAAAAACAAAAUGAAAUUGUUGAUGAGAUGACGGACAUUUCGGAGAUAAUAAAUUCUUUGGACAAUACCUACAGCGUAAUGAAGGAUCUGGAGAAAGACACCGGGGGUGACAUUUCACUUGAGACCCUGCUGAAUUAUGAAAUCGCCAAUGAGGACUACGAGUCGGACGUGUCGGACUUGUUGAUGGGAGGGACCCACUACCUGAGGAAGAGGACCUAG